GCUCGGUCGAGCCACCGUAAUAUUUGUGCGAAACUGCUUAGAUUAGCCUGCUAUAGCUCUGUUGUUCCGGCUGUAUUUUUAGUUCCCGUCUGAGAGGUGCAAACCGGUUGAUAUUUGUACCACAAAAGCGUGUUUUGUUUCGUUUGAGGAAGCUGGAAGUGACAGUCAGACGCCCUUUAGGAGAACUCCACACAUUCGUGGAGGGGAUAGCGUUACCACGUCUUGUUAACAGUGGACCACUUAAACUCGGCUAAUUAGCUAACAACACCGGUAGUUUACUUCUUCGGUGUCUCGCAGGAUGUCGUACAGGAAAAGUUUAAAACUUAUUUGCGGAUUCGCUGGAGGCUCUGCCGUCCUAGUGUUGGCGGCUGCCGCUGCCGACUCCCGUCGAUAUUUCGGUGAGCAGCGUGGAGAGGUGUCCAGUCGGUGGUCGAGGUUCAACGUCCUUCAAGCUGCGCAGCCGGCAUGGACACCUGCCAGCCACACACCAGCCCCGAGUGGACACUCUUGGGACUUCAACUGGGAUAAGAGAGACCCAUCUGCUCUGUCCAAUGGGAAGAAGAAAGAAACUGCAACUGAAGACCCCAGCUCUGAGCAGGACAAUGGCAAACCAAAAGCUACCCGCAACAUCCUCCUCAUCAGACACUCCCAGUACAACCUGAGCGGAAACAGUGACAAAGAGAGGAUCCUCACUCCAUUAGGUCGUGAGCAGGCCGACUUGACAGGCAAGCGGUUAGCAGCACUGGGACUGAAGUAUGACGUCCUAAUCCACUCCAGCAUGGCCAGGGCUACAGAGACAGCACAUAUCAUCAGCAAACACCUCCCAGGUCCAGGAGUGGAGCUGUUGAGCUGUGAUUUGCUGAGAGAGGGUGCACCUAUAGAGCCAGUUCCACCUGUCACUCACUGGAAGCCUGAUGCUGUGCAGUACCACGAAGACGGAGCUCGCAUUGAGGCAGCCUUCCGCCGCUACAUCCACCGGGCUGACCCCAAGCAGAAGGAGGACAGCUACGAGAUCAUCGUGUGUCAUGCCAAUGUCAUCCGUUAUUUUGUCUGCAGGGCUCUGCAGUUUCCUCCAGAAGGCUGGUUACGUAUGGGCUUGAACAACGGCAGCAUCACAUGGCUCACCAUCCGCCCGAAUGGAAGGGUGGCCCUCAGAGCUUUGGGAGAUGCAGGAUUCAUGCCUCCGGACAAACUAACACGGACCUGAUGGCACAACACACCACAGUUCCUGGGACUCAGUCCAGUGCCCAAUUAGUUGGUCGCGGGGCAAAGCUCAGUUUUCUCCUUAAGUGUCCUGAAAAAUACUGUUGUUAUUAUUUUGUAAUUGAACUACCAUCAUGUAAAGAGAGACUCUGUGGUCGUGGUUGCUUCUGUGUCAUCAAAUGCCAGCAGAGGCCAGUCAGAGCAACUCCUCCUGAAUGUAACAGGAUUUUUACAGAAAAAACUGUUGUAUUUGUUUAGCUGUUGUAAAUGCAAAUCUUGCUCCCAGCUUAACAUUUCAUUACAGUUUGCUGAAGUGAGGAUUAUGUGUUGUGUGGUGCAGCUGUAGUAAAUAAAAACAAAAUGAUGAAUGCU